UUUCGAAAAAAAUUAAAAAAUAAAAAACAGUUCAUAGAUUGAAACUGGUUCUGAACUAGUUAUAAAUUGAAUUGUAACUGUUUAUUAAAAGUGGUUCAGUUCAAAAUUGUAUUGAAUGGUUCAGUUUAAAAUAUGGUUCAGUGCAGUUCGAACUACUUUUUGGUUGAGUGCACUGAAUUUUUGAACAACCCUAGUCCAACCAACGCAACACAACACUAGUAGUUAAAAACAAAACAAAACAAAACAACCCUAAUUCAUUAUUACUAUAUAUAUGUAUAUAGCCGCCGCUGAUGGUACUAGAUUGCGAGUACUGACUGUGGGUUGGAAUGGUUGUAACUCUCUGAUUUCAACUCAACUUCUACUCUUCCACUAACCUACCUUGGUAUGAUGUUUUUUUAAUUCUUCUUUUUAUAUAUCUUAGUGCUUCUUUGUUUGUUUAUCCAAAACAAAACAUACCUUCAUUCAUAAUAUCAAUGAUCGAUGAAACAUCUGCCGUCAAUGAUGCUCCCACUCUUCCAUAUAACCUCGUGGAAGAAGAAAUCCUCUGUAGGUUACCCGUGAAAUACCUUCUUCAAUUUCGAUGUGUUUGUAAGUCGUGGAAUUCUCUAAUAUCUGAUCCUAGAUUCGCAAAGAAGCAUCUUAGCAUGUCAACCACAUGCCGCCUCCACUUUAUACGCCGCUGUUGCCACCCCAGGGGCACGAUUGCUUCUUGCCCCCUCCAAUGCAUUUUCACCAAUACUUCUUGCCGUUCAAAAAAUAAAAAUAGUAAAAAAAACAAAAAAAAACCCACCGUGUGCAUCAAUGUAACACAGCUCAAGUAUCCUUCCUACCGAUCUAAUUGUCCACCUCAUGUAUUUGUCGGUUCUUGCAAUGGCAUCCUUUGUCUUGCUCAUGAAUUCUCCAUUGAUGAUUCCUUGGUUGUUAUACUGUGGAAUCCUUCCCUUAGAAAAGUCAAGGAAUUGCCCCAGUCACAUUACCCUAACUUGUCUCGCAUCUCAUAUGGCUUCGGGUAUGAUUUUGUUAUUGAUAAUUAUAAAGUGGUUGCUGUUUUAUGCUUCACGGUGCAUAAUAGUAGUGGUGAUUUGCUUGAGAAAGCUGUAGUGAAGAUUAAUACUAUGGGUACCAAUUUUUGGAGAAAUAUACAAGAGUUCCCUUUUGAUAGUAUGAUUGGAAAUACAGUUCCAGGAAUAUUUGUGAGUGGCACGAUUAAUUGGUUGGCCUCUAAAUGUUGGCGGAAAAGUCCAUGCUUUAUUGUAUCUCUUGAUUUAGGCACCGAGUCUUAUCAAAAGUUGCUGAUGCCUGAUUAUGGAGAGGUAAAUGUGAAUUUCUUGAAUUUGUGUGUGUUGAGAGAUUGCUUGUGCAUCAUUUCGGGUCAUGAUGUUUGGAUUAUGAAGGAAUAUGGAAAUAAAGAAUCUUGGACUAAAUUGUUCAAUGUUUCAUACAAGGGAGAGCCUAGUAGGUCAAAUGAAUUGUUCAACGCAGUCUAUAUGUUUGAGGAUGGUCAAGUGUUGUUUGAAUCUUCAGAAGAUGGAUAUGUCAAGAUGAUUGUUCAUGAUCCAAGGAUUGGUACUAUUAAGUAUAUUAAGUUUCAAGACAAGAGUGUUCAUAAUUCACCAGGUGACUAUGACAAGUAUCCAAUUGUUUGCGUUGAGAGUUUGAUAUCACCUUGUUUUUAAUAAUAGGAUUGAGUUUGAGAUUCAACUUCUUCAACCUAGCUAUAUGUUAAUUUAUUUAUUUUGUACUUUUCUGAAUUAUGAUUGUUGUUUCUUUUUAGAUUUUUAUUAUAAAUUAGUAUUAGUAUUUGAAAUAUGUUUGUGGAAUGUUAGUUACUCGAAAUAUUAGAUUUAGAUGUGAAGUUAAA